AUGACACACAGUAGCAUGAGUUCAUCAAACUCUAAACCACUUAAAGACGGGAAGAAAUACCACUAUUUUAUUCUCUAUAACUAUUAUGAAGGUCCGCAAAGUAGAAGACAAGGAGAUCAUCUUCUAUCUUCGAAUUUUUUAAAGGCUUUGGAGGAAAAGCUAUGUGAGGAAGGAUAUGAUAAAGUAAUGUAUCACGAUAAAGUCAUAAGCGGAAGAAGUAUUUUUCAUGAUAUAUUUCACAUGGUUGAAGAAUCAGGGAAAAUUGUGGUGCUUCUCACUCCUGAAUUCUUACAUGAUGGUUGGAAAAAGUAUACCGAACAAGCUACUAUAAAAAACCUUUUAGAUAAACAGGAAGCGCAUACUAGGUUCAUACCUAUUGCAAUUAACAUGGAACCAGACGAUAUUCCUUAUGACUUGGGUUUAUCAGUUUCUAAAAUCAUUUACACGGGUUAUGAAAAUAAUGAAGCAGAUGAGGGUGUCUGGGAGAGAGUCCUCGAGGCAAUUGAUCAAACAGAAAUCCACUAUGAGCAGAAUAGAAAACCAGAUGCCGAAUUGUGUGUUCCCAAUAGUGCAGCGCAAAUCAAAACCUCACAAGGCGCUCCUACAAUCGAUUUGAACGAUAACGAUAUAGACGUCGAUGGACCUCACACUGCUGUUGUUGAUGGAGAUAGAAGUACUGACGAAAAUGUUAUAGCUAAAACAAUAAAUGCUUCAGGGCAGUCUGUUGAUGAUGGAACUGAUCAUUCACCUCUGACAAAUGGAUCAAGAGAAGACGGAGAUAUUACUUUCCGAUCUAAAACGUUUUCCAGCUCGGCAACUACAAACAGUCCACCACAACCCUGUAGAAAAUUUAUUUUCGCUCGAAUUUGUGAAAACUAUACACCAAAAUCUAGAGAAAUCUAUUUAAAGUUGUUACAAAACUACUGUACGGAUUUAAGUAAAAUAAACGCCUAA